UCAUCAUGAACCCUCUGCUGAUUCUCGCCUUAGUGGGAGCUGCUGUCGCUUUCCCCAGUGACGAUGAUGACAAGAUCGUCGGGGGCUACACCUGCCAGGAGAACUCUGUUCCUUACCAGGUGUCCCUGAACUCUGGCUAUCACUUCUGCGGAGGCUCCCUCAUCAAUGACCAGUGGGUGGUGUCCGCAGCUCACUGCUACAAAUCCCGCAUCCAGGUGAGGCUGGGAGAGCACAACAUCGAGGUCCUGGAGGGCAACGAGCAGUUCAUCAACUCUGACAAGGUCAUCCGCCACCCCGGCUACAACAGUUGGACCCUGGACAACGACAUCAUGCUGAUCAAGCUGUCCACCCCUGCCGUCCUCAGCUCCCGGGUGUCUGCCAUCUCUCUGCCCUCCUCCUGCGCUCCUGCUGGCACCCAGUGCCUCAUCUCUGGCUGGGGAAACACCCUGAGCUCUGGCACCAACUACCCUGACCUGCUGCAGUGCCUGAAUGCUCCCCUGCUGAGCCAGGCCCAGUGUGAGGCCUCCUACCCUGGGCAGAUCACUGACAACAUGGUGUGUGCUGGCUUCCUGGAGGGAGGCAAGGACUCCUGCCAGGGUGACUCUGGUGGUCCUGUGGUCUGCAAUGGAGAGCUGCAGGGAGUUGUCUCUUGGGGCUAUGGCUGUGCCCAGAGGAACAAGCCUGGAGUCUACACCAGGGUGUGCAACUUCGUGAACUGGAUUCAGCAGACCAUAGCUGCCAACUAAAGCCCCAGUCCCUGCCCAUCAGGAUGCUAAUAAAGUGACAGUGCCUCCUUCACUU